AUGGGCUCGGCCACGCCCACCGCGGCGGCGUCGGGCUACCCGAGCUUCGUGAAGAUCGUGGAGGUGGGGCCGCGCGACGGCCUGCAGAACGAGAAGACCAUCAUCUCGACGCAGGACAAGAUCAAGCUCAUCAACCUGCUGUCCGACACGGGUCUGUCCGCUAUCGAGGCCACGUCGUUCGUGUCACCCAAGUGGGUUCCGCAGAUGGCCGACAACUCGGACGUGUUGAAGGGCAUUGCUCGCAGAGAGGGCGUGUCGUACCCAGUUUUGACGCCUAAUAUCAAGGGUUUCGACAGUGCUGUGGAGGCUGGAGCGAAAGAGGUGGCCAUCUUUGGCGCGGCGUCCGAGGCGUUUAGCCAAAAGAACAUCAACUGCUCGAUCGAGGAGAGCUUGGAGCGCUUCCGCCCAGUCUGCGAGAAGGCGAGCGGACUCGGAAUCCGUGUUCGUGGAUAUGUGUCGUGCGUGCUAGGCUGUCCGUACCAAGGUCCCGUUGAACCCUCUGCUGUCGCUGUCGUUGCUCAGAAGAUGCUCGAGAUGGGCUGCUAUGAGGUGUCGUUGGGCGACACCAUUGGUGUUGGCAACCCGGCAUCUACGUUGGCUAUGUUGAAGGCUGCGAAGCAGGUCGUCCCUGUCGAGCGCCUCGCCGUGCACUUCCACGAUACGUACGGGCAGGCGUUGUCGAACACCCUCAUUGCGUUACAGGAGGGCAUUGCCGUGGUGGACAGCUCCGUCGCCGGUCUCGGUGGCUGCCCGUACGCUAGCGGGGCUUCCGGGAACGUGGCGACUGAGGACGUGCUCUACAUGGUGCAUGGCCUGGGCAUCCAAACUGGCGCGGACCUGCACAAGGUGAUGGCAGCGGGCGACUUCAUCACGAACCUGCUUGGCCACCCCACCCAAUCGAAGGUGGCGCGGGCGCUUGGCCCAAACAUGGGCAGCUCCAGUUCCAAGAACAAGCAGCAGUCGUCCUCGGGCGCGGCUGCCAGCAGCAGCAAUGGAGCGAGCGGCGUGCGGGCGCAGAUCACGUCCAAGGACAAGGCCAUCCUCGACCUCAAGAACGCCCGCGACCGCCUCAAGAAGUACCAGGCGCGACUGGACAUCGAGGCCAACCAGCUGCACGACAGCGCCAAGCGGCUGCUGCAGGCCGGCAAGAGAGACCGCGCGAAGCUGGCGUUGAAGCUCAAGAAGUACAAGGAACAGCAGAUGCACCAGGCCGACGAGCACUUGAUCCAGGUGCUGGGUAUGCUGGACACGGUGGAGUGGGAGACGCAGCAGCUGCAGGUUUUCGAAGGGCUGAAGGCGGGCAAUUCCAUUUUGAACGCCAUUCAUAAGGAAAUGACGGUGGAGGCGGUGGAGGAGCUCAUGCUCGAGACUGAAGAAGCACAGGCAACGGCUAAUGAAAUCAGCAGGAUCAUCGGCGGCAACCUGACCGUCGAGGACGAGGACGCUGUGCUCAGCGAGCUCGCCGAGAUCGAGAAGCUGGAAGCAGAGGCGCUGGCUGCAGCGAUGCCCGCGGCCCCAACCGCUGCACUCGAAUCAGCGGACAUUUCGGUCGACGUCACCGCAGCAACAACAGAGGAAUCCACGAAGUCCAAGACCCGGGUCAAGAACAAGAAGGAGGCCGUAGCAAUUCUAGGAUGA